GUUCCUUCAGCUCAAUCUUGUUGAUGGGUGCAACAUUUGCGAGCUUCUAGCUGAGAAUCUGACUUGGGGGUUAAAGAGACCCCAGCUUAUAAUCAUGAAAGACAUGAUGAGGUGGAGAAACAUUGCAAAUCUGUUCUGUCUUCUGCAGCUGAAUUAAGCUCGGAUACUUUAAGGUUUACUAGAAUGAAGGAACAGCUUCAAUUUGUGAAUGGGGAUUGGUGGCAAGAUGAGGGAAAGUAUCCUUUACUGCCUUUUAAGAAUCGGUGUCGUGUGUUUUCUGUAAACAGGUUCUAUAGUAACCCUAAUUUUAUCCCUUUGAAAUUGAUUUCGUUUUGGGUCACUGACAUUGAUCUUGUUCAUCAAACUAAACGGGCUGUUAGUUUAAGUGGGUUAGUGUCAAUGGGCAUAACAAUGGAUACUUCUUUUGAAUACUGUUCCUCUCAACAUCCUAAUUUUCAGUUUUGGCCUGGCCGUUCUGAGCUGACCCUUUCUUUUCAAGGAAUCUAUACUGAAUCCAAGAAGAAUGGUGGUGAAAGAGUGCUGUGUUUGUUGGGUCGUGGGACGUUACCUGCUCGUGAUCAGGAAUCGGGUGAUCCGUGGCGUUGGGUGAAAGAUUUGAAUGUGAAUCAUCACCAGCUGCCACUUCUCCAAGAUGAUAAAAUUCUACUUGUUUUGCACUAUCCGAUGAAGAAUUCGCUGACAAGUCGGGUAAUCCGAGGGGAAAUGAGAAGUUUAAACACGAAGUCGAACGAUAAGUACUUCGACGACAUUUACAUUUUGUCUCAACUUGGAGAUAUGAACUAUGAUUAUGCAUCUGAGAAAGUUGUGGACAAAGCAUGUGGUUCAUACUCUUACAAUGAUAAGUUAAUGAAGAAAAACAUUAGUAUGUAUAGAGGUUCUUAUUUUUGUGAGGUUUUACAAGAAAUAACGAGGGAUCAAGCUUUCACAAUCCUCCCAAAUUGGAGAUGCAACUCUACAGAUGAGUUUUGUACGAAACUUGGUCCAUUUAUAUCAGUGAUCAAUAGUACAGAUGGAAGUUUUAACGAUGUGGGACUUUAUAUGCAAGAUGUGAAGUGUAAGACGCUUGGUUCGAACAAAAAUGGCUUUUCUGUUAGUGUUUCGGCUGUCUUUCGGGCUGUUUUGCCGUCGGAGAAUCGCCACGCUGCUUGGAGAAGAUCUGCACUUAAUAAUAUGACUAUGGUCUCUGAGGGAAUUUGGAACUCUUCAAGUGGGCAGCUUUGUAUGGUUGGUUGUGUUGGACUUGUUGAUGCUGAUAAGAUUUCGUGUGACUCGAGGAUCUGCCUGUAUAUACCUAUCUUGUUUACACUCGAACAACGAAGGAUUCUUGUCGGUUCGAUUUCAAGCGUCGAUGAUAAGCCAUUAUACUCCCCUUUGUCAUUUGAAAAGUUAUUAAGACCUACAGAGCUGUGGAGUCAGUUUAGGAACUCCCAACCAUUUUAUAGCUAUACAAAAAUUGCUUCAGCUCGUGCUGUGCUUGAGAAAUAUGAGCCUUUCGGCUUUCGAACCGUCGUAAAGAAGUCAUUGCUGCAUUAUCUCAAAUGGGAAGACACAGAAACAUAUGAGCUCAGUGAGUCUCUUCUCUUAGAAGAUCUCACCCUUAAUGUACCUGCACUUGGUCCUCAAGCUUCCAGAUUUCAUGUUCAAAUGGAAAUUAUCUCUGUUGGUUCGUUUUUCGUAUGGGACUCGUCAAGGUUAGACAGAGCAAACUCAGACAGGGAAGCUUCAUAUCAUGUUAAGCCUGAAGACACUGAAAAGAAGCUGCUUGUUAAUGUGUCUGCACUACUGGCACUCUCUGAACAGACAAGUAGCAACUUUUCUGCACUUUCCGUGGAGGGCAUUUUCGAUCCGCUCGUUAGAAAAAUGUAUCUAAUUGGCUGCAGAGACAUUCGUUCGUCCCCAUCCUGGAGAGUUUUACACGAGACCAUGGAUCUUGAAGAUGGCUUGGAUUGUCUCAUUGAAGUGAUUGUGUCUUAUCCUCCUUCAGCUCCAUGGUUUAUCAAUCCAUCUGCAGUGAUUUCCAUUUCUAGCCAACGGACAGAAGAUGACCCUUUCUAUUUCAGCCCAAUAAAACUCGAAACGAUGCCGAUCAUGUAUAGGAGGCAGCGACAAUAUAUUCUUUCUCGUAAGAUCGUCGAGGUUAUACUCCAGAUAUUGACACUUUCCUUGGCUAAUGCUUGCAUCUUGAGCCAAAUAUUUUAUAUGAAUGAUAAGAGGGAGUCUGUUCCAUACAUAUCUCUUGUUACUUUGGGAGUUCAGUCCCUUGGUUAUACUCUUCCACUGGUCACUCGUGCUGAAGCUCACUUCAUUCAACGAGGUUCCAUAUCUUACAACGAGUCGUACGAUCUCGGAAAUAACCUCUGGUUCAUUGUGAUUGAUUACACAAUAAAGCUUCAAGUUAUGAUCUCACUUCUAUUGACUUUGAGGCUUUGCCAGAAGGUUUGGAAAUCUAGGAUCAAGUUACUACGACAAGCUCCUCUUGAACCGCAUCGUGUCCCGAGUGAUAAGUCGGUGCUUAUUGCAACCUUCUUGAUACAUCUCGUCGGGUACGUUGCUGUUCCCAUUGUUCAUACUUCAAGGACAGCUGAAAUCCGAUUAAAGAGUUCCAUGAUUCCUAGCAGAACUUCAGGUUCGGACAUCCUGCAGGGAUGGGAAAAAGGCCUACACGAAUAUGUAGGUCUGGUUCAAGAUUUGUUCUUACUUCCUCAAGUCAUUGGCAACUUGUUAUGGCAAAUUGAUUGCAAACCUCUUAGGAAGUUCUAUUUCAUUGGAAUCACAUUGGCCAGACUUCUCCCACACAUCUAUGACUUUGUGAAUCCAAGCAUGGAUUUCUACUCUACAUUUGGGGAUGUUGCCAUUCCUUUGAUUGCGUUCAUCCUUGCUGUCAUCGUCUACGUUCAGCAGCAAUUGAACUACGAGAAACUCAGUCGGGCUCUCAUCGUCGGGCGGGUUAGGCUUCUUCCAAGAGCUUCCAAAAUGUAUCAAAGGUCGCCUUCCAAGUCACUAUGAAGGUGAGCUUGCUUCUGCUGAAAAAGAUAAUACGUAGAACGACACCUAAUAAUUUACUAAGCAUGUCGACAUCAAAGUUGUUUUGAUGCAUCAAAAGUUAUAAAUGUUUUUAAUCAAAGCAAUGAAGUAAUGGCUUAUGCUUUGGGUA